GCACCCUCACAGAAGAUGGCUUGGACAUGUGGGGAAUUCAGCGGGUAGAAGACAGCAGAUUCCAGCAUUCAGAGGAACGAGCGGAUGAUAAAAGCUUGGUGACGAGUAGGUUUGUGUCCUGCAUGGCCACGUGUCACUCGCUGACCAAGAUCGAGGGUCAACUUUCUGGAGAUCCGCUCGACCUGAAGAUGUUUGAGGCCACUGGAUGGAUCCUGGUCGAAGCUACAGAAGAAGAGACAGCUCAUCACGACCGCAUUGAACUCACUUACGUAAAACCACCAAACCAACUGCUGCCACCACCGGUCAUCUCACCUGAGCAGGACAUGGAACUGUCUGAACUCUAUGAGCUCUCGGCCUCAUAUAUGAUCGGUAUCGUGCGGCAGUUCUCCUUCUCCUCUGCACUUCAGAGAAUGAGCGUGGUUGUUCGUCAGAUUGGAGAAAGACGGAUGGACGCGUAUCUGAAAGGAGCUCCGGAGGUGGUGGCCAGUUUGUGUAAGAAAGAGUCAGUACCAGAAGAUUUUGCAGAGGUUUUGGAGGAUUACACCAAACAGGGCUUCCGGGUCAUUGCUCUGGCACACAGACGGCUGGAAUCCAAACUUACAUUUCAUAAAGUGCAGAACAUUAACAGGGAUCAAAUUGAGAAAAAUAUGGAUUUUCUGGGUUUGAUUGUCAUGCAGAACAAGUUAAAAACUGAAACUCCAGGAGUGCUGGAUGAUCUGCGACGUGCCAACAUUCGCACCGUUAUGGUCACAGGUACAGGAAACAUUUUGCAUUCAUGUCUGUUCAGAAGACCAUGUCUGUUCAGAAGACAGUUCCUGAAUAAUUCAUUCAUAAGGGCAGUUUAAAUUGUGAUAUAUAAA